AUGACAGUUACGUCAGUUGUGAAUACCAUGUCAGAAAACAGUCAAAACAGGAGAUAUCCCCAGAAUCUUCAGGGGGUCCUGCAACUGGCAGUGGAUGCUGGGUCAGCCGCAGAGGCUCCUGCUCCUGCUGAGCCCAUGUCAGAGGACAGGAAAAUGUGGCUAAGAGAAGCUCUUUCUGAAAUCUGCAAAGGCCAGCAAGAUGAAGUGGAACAGAUUAAGCAGUGCCUGGCCGUUCUAUGCAAAGAAGAAGUGUGCGAGAAGGAGGGAGACGGAGCAGAGGAGAGGGAAGAGGAUGAAGACGAUGAGCGGGAAUCGGCCUUUGAGCUGUUGUCUGAGUUGUGUGAGAACCUGGACAAUGCCAGAGAUCUGAUGGUUCUUGGUGGAUUGGAGUUGAGCGUCUCCAAGUAUCUGUCCCAUGUUCAAAGUGGGCUGAGGUGGCGUGCCGCCCAGCUUAUCGCCUCUUGUGCCCAGAACAUGCCACAGGUCCAGGACCACUUACUCAGCAUCGGAGCCCUGCCAAAGCUGCUGCAGCUAACAGAUUCAGACCCCCACCCCACCGUCCGAGUUAAAGCCCUUUAUGCUUGCUCAUGUCUGGUCAGAGAGCAGGAGGCAGGGCUCCAGGCUUUCCUGGCCCUUGACGGGUUUUCGGUGCUGAUGAGAGGCAUGCAGUCUGAAAACGAGAAGCUGAGGACCAAGUCUGCUUUCCUUCUGCUCAAUCUGCUGACCUCACACCCUGAACAGAAAGAAACAGUUGUGUCGAUGGGGAUGGUGCAGCAGCUGGUUUCUGUUCUCCGCACACCACAUUCACCGUUCCAUGAACACGUGCUUGGGGCUCUUUGCUGUUUGGUAGAGGAAUUUCCACAGGGAGUCAGAGACUGCAGGAGUCCUUCUCUGGGUUUGGAGGAAUUACUCAGAGAGAGAAUCAAAGAUCUCCAGGGAAAAGAUGAAAGCCAGGAAGAGCUUGACUUCUGCGAGCGUUUGAGAGUGAAGUGUUUCCAUGGGCAGCAGUCCGAGGACACUGGGAUGGAUCGUUGAAGCCUUGUGUGUUGCUUUUGUUUGUCUGCUGUUUUUUUCUUAAAUUUGUUUUGGAGUUGGUACACAAUGUAAUAGAACAUUCGUGAUAUGAAUCAUGGAUGCUGAGCAAUAUUUUUAUGUGUUAUGACAGUUGCUAUCCUCUGCCAUAUUUAGCAUGUAAUCCAGGGGCUGGAUUUCACUGUGUAAAUAACUGUACUGUACAGGUCUGUUUCGGGUCAGCUGUGAAUUUAGUUCAGUGUUGGUGCUUCUCAAGCCCAAGUUUGAUACAUAAAAUGCUUCUUUUUCUUUAUUUAUAUUGAGAGGCAUCUAAAUGUUAUUUUGUAUAUCUACAUUUUCUUAUGUGUACUGUUAGAAAGAAAGUAUUUCAGUACAGGUUUUUGGCUCUACAAAGAAGACGCAUAAUUUUGGACAUCAUAUUUCUUUACUUCUAAAAAUAAACAAAAAGGACGAUUCAUAUACAUUACAUGGCAAGUUCCAACAAUGUAAUCACAUGUUUAGUGUGCACAUGAACUUGGAUGUCUCUCAAAAUAUUUUAACAUUAAACCACAGUAUAUAAAUAGCCAACUGCAUUUUCUUUUUUUUCUUAUCAAUGAUUACAUAUCUCCAAUAUCGUAUAAAUGUAGAAACGGCCAUUGAAAUAUACAGACUUAAAACUUUAUAGAUGUCUUGUUCAAGUUGCCCUUUUGCACUGUGUUUUCUGGUCAUGAGGCUCUGAUUGAAUUUCACAGGCGGCUCUUUCUGUCCACGUUGUGUUUAUGUUUGUCUCCUCCCUUUAUUGACAGAUAAAUAAGAACUGGUUUCUCCAGAAAACAAGUGCAUGUCAGCUAUUGGGGGAUUCCCCAGGGACAGCAUUAGGACCUUUUCCAUUUAGAAAAGUCAUCUUUGUCGUCCAAUGCCUUUACAUCACCCACUGCAAUCAGUAGUUGUGCUAAGUAAUAUGUCACCAUGACAAUAAUCUGGCCAUGCUGCAUUGGUGGCACCACCUUGAAAACCUGCACAGCCAGUGAAGCAUCAGACACCAUGAAGGACAAGCUUCCCAGCAGUGUGGCGACGUGCCCUGUCCUGAUUGCUAAUCCACCCAUUAUGAUGAUCAAGGUGAUGUAGACACCCACACCUGGAGUUAAUAAAUCAGAGUCUUUCGCCUUUUGGAGGUAUGGAAAAAGAUAAAUGUAGAAACCUCCGCCUACUAUUAAAAGGAUCAGGUACAGAAAACGUAUGAAUGAGGAGGAUGAGGAAUAUGAUGUGUAACGAGCGGAUAGGAAGGUGAGGGAGUACAGCAGAUGAGCCACAGCGAAGGCACCCAUUCCGUGCAGAAAGAGGUCAGGCCAUAUCAAGCAGCAGUCACCAACAGCUGAAAAGAGCAGUCCCCCUGCCACACCCAGGACACUCUGACCUCCAUUCCAGCUCAGUACAGCCGCAGCCAAAAGGAGAACUGGUGCUGACUUGACCCCUGCGGCCACAACUGAUGCCGGGGCAUCAGGAGUCCACAAGUAAAAGUACAGAGCUGAAGACAUAAAGAAAGGCAAGAGAGAGAAAAGAAGAGCGCAGGUCAUAUUUCUCUUCUGGCGCCGGUCAAAGGCGUGUGUCUCAAGGAUGUCCAUUUCUUCCCAGUCAGCUUUGUUUGUAAUACUGUUUAGUCCGGGUAAAAGUGAAGGUUCGUAACUGACAUUCAUUCAUAGCUGCUUAUGCACCUGAAUGGGCAAUCUAAUUUUAGGGAUGUUCCCUGACUAAGUACUGCCAUAGACUGGCAAUGAUUAACCUGGGCCUCUCUGAGUCAGACUUUGUACUCUGCUUUCCCAGAAUUCCUGGAGUUUUGGCUGGUUGCUGUUCUUAUGUUGGGAGACAUCAUUUUGCAGGGCUUUAGGAGCAUCAGGACAUGGAAACCAGCUCUGCCACUGUGAGGAUUGGAGUAGUAGGAUAUGGAUAUUUAGGGCAAUACUUGGUGGAGAAGAUUCUUAAAGAAGGACCUGGUCUGGGUUUGAUUCUGGCUUUUGUCUGGACCAGGAGUUCUGACAAGCUCAAGGAUGCAGUUCCUGCUGAGCUCAUCCUUGAAGAUUUAAUGUCUUUUGCAGACAGGCAGUGCGAUGUGAUCGUGGAGGUUUGCCAUCCACAGAUAGUGAAAGAAUUUGGGCUCCGUUUUUUGUCGCAGUCUCACUUUAAGGUGGGAUCUCCCUCUGGCCUCUCUGACCCUGAGCUGAAUCAAAAACUGCGACAGGCAUCUCUACAAAAUGGAAGGACCCUAUAUGUCCCCAGUGGUGCAUUAUGGGGAGGCCAGGACAUCCAGAGAAUGAAUGAUAGUGGGACACUGAAGGCUUUGUUCAUUAGGAUGUCCAAGCAUCCAUCCUGCUUCCGGCUGACAGGAGACGUCCUGACUGACUGGAAAGAAGGAGAGGGCAGGCGUGUUUUAUUCGGAGGCUCAGUGGCCGAGUUGUGUCCGCUGGCUCCGAACAACGUCAAUACCAUGGCAGCCGCAGCAAUAGCCGCAGGAACACUGGGCUUUACAGGUGUUCGCGGGGAGAUUGUGUCGGACACGGCGUUAAAGGACUAUCAUGUGGUGGAGGUGGAAGUGACUGGCCCAGAUGGUUUCUCAGUACACACAGUGAGGAGAAAUCCUGCCAGGCUCGGGGCUGUAACUGGCAGUGCAACAUACAACUCAUUCUGGAACAGUUUACUCGUUUGCAAAGGUCAUGGUGGCAGAGUGUUUUUGUGCUAAAGUGGAUGAGGACUAUAGAGGAUUAUCUGCGAUGUAUGGGGUGGACCCCAGCCUAAUUCCAGAUAAAUGAAAUGGUUUGGAGGAUGUGCUUCGUGGAUUCUGGAAUUCUUUGCUUCUAAGCAUUUGGACCUUCUGACCUUUGAAAAUAUGUGUUGUAAUAAACAGCUUGUACACAAUGAAAAAGGAGCCAGAUAUAAUUAGUAAAGUACCUAUAGGUGUAUAUUUUUAUACUUUAUUUUAAGUUCAUCUGGUGCAAGAUUGUAACAAAUGAUAUAACUUUUACAGUGGAGUGGUAGUGGGAACAUACACCUGGUAAAACCCAAUCUCUUACAAAGUAUUCAAAAUAUACCUUUGCCUUUCUUUGGAGCCCUUCAUCUUUAAUUUUCCACCUGGAAAUUAAUAAGCCAUCCCCAAGUUAAAUCACAUUUUUUCCUCUUGUCACAACUCACUUUCUUCUGCAAUUAAAUAUGCUUUAAAUGGAGGAAAAAAUACUUAGGAAUAAGCUUCUCCAUGUGAGCACACACACUUCAACAGAUAAAAGGUGUUUUGGGUUGUUCAUUAGUUAUCAUCAUUAAAAUACUGAUACAUUAAGGCGAAGAAACAAAAUGAAAAACACACAUCUGACACUACACUUGACGCUACUUGUCAGUGUGCACGUGUGUGGUUUGCAUCUUUUUUCCAUUCUGGGAGGUUUGAAGUAAACAAGGCAUUUUAACUACAGCUACAAGGUGAACUGUCUGAAGUGCUGCGUCACCUUCGCAGUCAAGAAAAUCUGAGUUGAAUAUAUUUUUUCUUGGAAAUUUCUCAAGAAAUCUCCUUCUGAUGACGUGCCAGUAAAAAAGAAAAAUAAAGGAUGUUUGUGAUAUUUUCCCUGCUCUGACCCAUCUGUGAAGCAAGUAUAAAACCAACCUGUAAAGACUCAAUAAACUCUUGUUAUUUGAUAAACAUUUUAGACCUACGCUAUCCAGUGUUAGCUUGCUACAAAAAUCCAGCAAUAUAUAUAUAUCUUUUAAAACCCACUGUGAUGAGCCGGCUUUCUCCUUGUUGGUACAUUUGCUCUAUAAAGGAUACCAAAGGUCGGACUGCUGGUGAAACUGAACAAUAGCAGAACAUCAAACUGGCAAAUAGUUGUAGAAACUCUGAGGUACACGUUGGGAAGACACGGACAGUGAUGCAAUCUUUCACGACAAGCUUAUACUAAAUUCAUCACAGGCAUUCACACAGCUGCACUCGUUUCUUAAGUUUUAGUACAUGGAUGACUAAUGCUUGCAACAGACAAAGUUUUACUAGAAAGGCUCAGCAAGUACGGAGUGCACGGUUGUCUGCGUUAGUUUUUCUCGCUCUCGUCUUCGCCGUCCCCAUUGGCUCCCACCACGGCAGCGGUUUUGUUUUUGAACGGCACGUUGUAGGGUUGACGGAUGUUCACUCGGUCCUUUUCCGCUUCUAGAUCUUCGUCGUAGUGCUCGUCUUCGUCGUUGUCUUCAGCCUCGCUGUGGUGUGGGGAGGAGUGGCGGGACAGGGCCGGAGAUGGAGGGACAGAGGCGGGGCGUGGGUAUCGGAAACCUGAUGUUGAGGUGGGAUCUUGAGGUUCAUAUAAGUAGGUGUCAGGGAAGGCUUUAGCCAGGGCCAUAUGACGGGCAGCUAUAUAAUACCUGCCAAGGUAUCUCCAGUCCAGGAGAUCACUGAGGCGCUCAGUUCUAUUCCUCUGGAUGAUCCGCUGGCGCCGGCUCUGCUUGCAGAACUGGAACAGGAAGGAGGUGAGUUGGUUGCAUGACUCGUCAACCCCACGGAAUCGCCUGUCAAGGAUGUAAAUGCCAUAUGCUGAGGGGUCCGCUAUGUGUUCCUCCAUGAAACAGCCAAAGCCCGACAGGUUAGUUGAGAUGGAUGGUAUUCCCAUGACUGUGCACUCAGCUGGUGUGUAACCCCAUGGCUCAUAGUAUGAAGGGAAGACACCAAGGUGGCAACCCCUAACAAACUCCUCAUAAUCCAUGGGAAGGAGAGGAGAGGUGGACGAAAGGAACUCUGGAUGAAAGAUAACCUUGACUCGGUCGGAGGAGCUGUUGAAAAGGCCGAUGCGGCGGACACAAUUAAGGAUGGGGUCGCUGCUGUCCUCCAGCAUGUUAUGGGUGCAGAUUGGAGGCUGGCUUUGCCUCUGAGUUGCAAAGAUGGCACGCUUCAUAAUAGUGAAAUCCUCUUUGUCCAGCAUCUUGGAUAUAUCAGGCAGCUGUCCGACAAGCAGUGACUCGUAUAGUUUCUUCCCAAAGCGCUCCUUCACGGUCUGAGCAGUAUCCCAGAGCUGUUUCCUGACGGCUUGACCCUUGAGGGUCUCCACAUUGAAGUUGUUCGUUCGAGCUGGCAUGAUGAAGAAAGUGAUAACAGUCACGUCACUGUGGUUAACUCUCAGUAGAUAGUUUAGUCUGGCUAAAGCCUCCAAGAAGAUGUCCGCCCCUUUGUUGGAGAACUCGUACCUCCCAGCGAUGAACAGAAAUAAGCAUUUGUCCAGGUUGAAGUCAAGAUGGCCAUAGAAGUGUCCCCUGACGAACUCCUGUAUCCUAUUCUUGCUUUGCGCAUGGAGGUUUUGAAAUUCGUGCAUGGCCGAGAACUUUUUUACGUUGAGUCCGUUUGGAGUGACAAUAUCUGGUUUCCUCUUGAGCAGGUGCUCUGCUUCAAUAGCGGUGAUUUGGGACACGGUGGUGAAGACAUGGGCGCAGUGUGCCGCCGCCCGCUCUAUACAGUAUCGAUGGUAGAUUUGUCUAUCGCCAGCUUCCUUAUCCAAGUUGAACUUUGCAAGGUUGUUGUAGAAAUCUACAUUUCCAGCGCACAGGUAGCGUCCCAGGAGUGUAGCAUGAGUGGUAAAGAUAGUGGCAACAGAGAGCUGUCUCUGUCUGCACAGGACCAGGCCCAGGCCAGCCAGCCACUCAUGAAAGUGGGCCACGACAUGUGGAGGCUCCUCACUCUGGGCUGCAUACUCUCCAAGAAGCCAGGCUGUCAGAAAGCCAAACAGUACGGCAUCGUUUGCCUCACGGUCGAACCAGGGCACGCCGAUGGCACAAAGCUCCCACAGCUCGCUCUUCCAGCGGUCCAGAGACCAGGCCGUGAAUCCCACGUCAAUCAGAACCACAUAAGGACUGCCUUCAAUGAGCCAUCGGCCAAAGUAGACCUUACAACCACUGGAGUUCAUUUUGUCAAUGGUCCUCUUCAGCACAGGGUUGGUGGGUUCUAUCAGCUCCACUUGUGUACGCACAUUGCUCUCCACGUAGGGACCCACCAGGAAAUAGUUCUCCCCCCAUUCCUCUGCGGUCAGACGGGCUUUGGUCUGGAUGACGGUAUAGAUGCCUCCAACUUUAUUAGCGACUUCCCAAGCGAUCUCAAAAAGAACAGCAUCUUCCAGAUCAAACUCCUCGUCCCAUUCCUCCAGUCCUGAGAGGGACGUGACGGACAGACUGCGAGCCAGCGGCAUUCCUUCAGGUUUGUCCUAACUUCAGGAAGACCAACUAAACAUUGGCAGCUGUCGCAGUCAGUCCAAAGCGCAGAAAAACAGUGGAAAGUGAGGAGAAGGGGGCGGCGGCUUUGGUUAAAUGUCAGCGAUUC